UAAUUAAUCGGGUCAAUAGAGAAAAAACAGCAUUCCAUCUAACUAGGUUUAGAGAAAAGAACCAAUACCAAUAAACAUAAUGGAGACUAUUGUAACCUUAUACAUGUAUUAGUCAAUUUGUUGAAGUUACAAUAUAUGGAGUAUUUUGUUUUCUAAUUUGGGACGCUUCGCAUACUAAAACUUUUGCAGAUUUUUCACCGACCUCUCAAUAGAAUUUAAUUCUAUUCUUAAUACAAUUGAGGAAAUAGUAAUUGUAACUUAACUAGACAACCAAAAGUAGAAAAAUUCCCUGAAAAACCAACAUAUGCAUAUUCCUUUUGUUUUUCUUAUUUGUUUGUAGCUUUAAAAAUUAAUUUAACACGAUUUAUGAAUAAUCAAAUGGAUUAAAUACUUGGUAGGUUCCAAAAAAACAAACGCAUUCCACUAAGCAUGACAUAGACGAUCUGACCCAGCUGUUAGUAAACUUGGAAAGUUACAAUUACUCUAUUUUUCACUUACAUACCAAAACUUUUUGCAUAUUUUUGACCAAACCUCCCAAAAGCAUUUGAUUUUCUUUCCUAUUCAAAUUAGGAAUACUAAUUAUAGUUUCCCCAAAACACGUAUAUAUAUACAUAUUCAUUCUUCUCAUGGCUCUACAAACUAUGGCAGACGAAGACCAAAGCAAGAAGGGAGAAGAUGAUCAAAGGAAGAAGAAAACAAACAAAUCCAAAUCUUAUCAAGUGAGGAAAGAAUGCAUAAAGAGGAAAUCAAUGGAGCUUGCAACUCUCUGUGAUAUCAAGGUUUGUACGGUUAUUACUGGUCCUAAUGGGGAAUUGCAAACUUGGCCUGACAAUUUGAAUGCCUGUAAGGAAGUUCUUGAUAUCUACUCUCAAAAUUUGAAACCCGAAAAGAAGCACAAGCAAGAAGACAAAGAUCUCCCGACGCUAGUUGAAUCAAAGCUUGCAGCUGUCAACAGGAGAAUUUGUUUCUUGGAGAACAAGAAUGUUGCUGAUUAGGGAAAAGGAAAGAGAAUUGAAUGAUUUAUUUGUAUGGAUUUAAAGAUUGAAAUUUUGUUUUUUUUUUUUCUUGUUAGUUCGAGAAUUUACAGUAAUAGGAAUAUAACCCAUAUUUUAUCCUUUUA